GCGCAGGGCCGCGUCAGGAGGACGAGGCAGUGCCAUGGCCGCUCCUUGCGCCUUAGUUACCAGCUGCGCCGCGGAGUUCCCCGGGGAAGAGCUGGUGAAAUGUAUCAUUGGGAAAGAUGAGCUGCCAGAGGAUGUUUCCACAGGGAGUGGAGCCCGGUUUUACCCCUGGACAAUAGACAACAAAUACUACUCGGCUGCCAUCCAUCUCUGUGUUGUGACAAAUCCGUUUCUUGUGACAGCUGAAAUUGCAGAGUCCGUGCAGGCCUUCUUGGUCUAUUUUGACAGCACAACGAUAUCUGGGCUGGACAGCAUCUCUGCGUGGCUUCCUCUUGUAGAAGAGUGGCUUCCAGAAGUGAUGAUUUUGGUCUGUGACAGAGUCUCUGAAAAUGGCAUCAGUCGCCAGAAAGCCCAAGAGUGGUGCAUCAAGCACAGUUUUGAGCUGGUGGAACUCAGCCCAGAGGAGCUGCCUGAUGAGGAUGAUGACUUUCCAGAAUCUACAGGAGUGAAACGAAUCAUUCAAGCCUUGAAUGCCAAUGUCUGGUCAAACGUGGUGAUGAAAAGUGAUGUGAAUCAGGGCUUUGGUUUCCUUCCUGCCUUAGUGGGUGCAAAUCGCAGCGUUCAGUCAGAAGAAAAUGACGCUCCAGAACCCAAUCCCUUGCCAGCCGAGAGAGCCGAGUGCACUGUAGACCCAGGACAGGAUGCAGCUGAUGCGAAAGGCUUGCCGGCCGACUCCGUUGCUGAUCCCAUGCUGGAUAUGGACAUCCAAGAGCUGGCAAGUCUCACUGCAGGAGAAGGGGACCUAGAGAACUUUGAGCGGCUGUUCUCCAAGUUGAAGGAAAUGAAAGAAAAGGCAGCGACCCUGCCUCAUGAACAGAGAAAACUGCAUGCAGAAAAGGUUGCCAAAGCGUUCUGGAUGGCCAUUGGCGGGGACAGGGAUGAGAUCGAAGGGCUGUCUUCGGAUGAAGACAACUGAGGCCCAUAGGAGGGCACGUCGUGGAGCGGAUGGAGAUGAUUGUCUUGCAAGUACCAGCAGUUGUUGGCUGCCGUGAUUUUUCUUUGACGAAGGCCUCGUUUUUUGCAGCGGGUGCAGAGACACGAGAGGCUGCUCCUUGCUUAUUUUGUUUAUCUGCCAUCCCACAGAAGAGGAGAUGGCUCAGUUUUGUUUCCUUGCCUGGAUUCGGCAAGGGGAACAUAGAUUAUCAAGUCAACGAAGUAGCAGAUGAUCUUGUUGCAUCUUGGAAAACGUAAUGGCCCAGACCAAACAGAAAGAGUUGCGCAGGAUCUCUCCUUGUAACUAUAUCCUUUGUGUGCCCUGUUCCUCUUCCCACUUUCAUUUGUCUUCAUUUCAAGUCAGAGACCAAGAUCUG